AUGAACAUUUCAAUUGAAGAAACACAUCACUUUGAAGUAGCUAUAAAUGACAUUUUUCAUUACAUUGUGACUCAAUAUUUUUCAACAUUAUACUUGGUUUGCAUUAUCGUAUCAAGGGAUACCAAAUUCAAGCCAUUUCUCUUCGACAUUCACUCAUUUAUAUUUCAUUAUGAUCAAAGGUCAGGUACGAUAAAAAAUUAUCAACAUGGAAUUGACAUGGGCUGUCAAGCAUUCAUAAUUGCUAAUGAAGUAUUUGAAAUUUUCUUGGAAAAUUUUUAUGAAUUACAUGAUAUGUCAACUCAGGUUUAUUCUAACAAGCAUGUUAUUGUAUACUCGGAUGUAUCACAGUCAAAAUCUAAGAUUGAUGAUGAAGUAUUACGCAAUCCAGCAAUUAAUGAUCUGCCGAAUAUUUUAUUCAUGAAUUACAAUGAAAACAGUCAGAUUUUCAAUUUUAUGACAACAAAAUUCGUUGGACCUAAUGCUUUAUGUUCAGAAUUGUGGGAAAUAACAUCACUUGAUUUAAAUUGUUUUCAGAAUUUUAAAGAUCAUUUAAGCACAACAAAUUUAUUUCCUAUAAAAGUAAAGAAUUUGCAUAAACGUGAAAUUGGGUUAGCCAUAUUUAACUAUAUGCCUUAUACAAUAUGGAAAGAAGUUAACGAAACUGACAUUGAACCAAAUUCUUACGAAAUUUCAAAAAAGACACCUUUAUUGGUCGAUGGAACUGAAACCUGGGUUUUUAUUCAAUUUUGUAAAAGGAUUAACUGCACAUUAUUAAUUUCACUAGAUGAAGCAGGUGAAUGGGGUGAAAUUUUUGACAAUCGUACUGGUAAUGGAAUAAUUGGUGCAGUUGUCGAAAGACGAGCAGAAGUUGGCGUUGGUGCUUUAUACUCUUGGUACCACGAAAGUAUAUUCUUGUCACUAUCAAAGUUCAUAUCUCGAACUGGUGUCACUGUUAUCACUCCAAAGCCUAAACUCCGUGAUCCAAUUGGAACUCCCUUGCUUCCUUUUCAAUUUUCACUAUGGAUUGCUGUUAUUGUGUCAUUUUUCAUCUUGCUGGUAUCUGACAAAUUAUUGCGAAUUGGUUAUAUAAAAAUAAACGACGCCAAUAAAGAUCAUGUCAUUGUCAGUUUUUCGAAAAUUGGAUUAAACAUUUUGGGAAUUUAUGUUCUGCAGUCAGUCAAAUUUAAAUCUAUCAAGUCUGGAAUGCUUAUAUUUUUUACUACAGUAUUAAUCUUGGGUCUCCUCCUCGGUAAUUCAUAUUCAUCAAGCUUAUCAAGCGUUCUUACAAUUCCACAGUACAAAAAAGCAAUCGAUACUGUCGAGGAACUAGCAGCUAGUGGUAUGGAAUGGGGUUCUACUCAUGAUGCAUGGAUUUUCUCAAUUUUGCUAGCAACUCAGCCAAUGAUCCUACAGCUGCUUUCAAAAUUUCGGACACUCUCUAAAGAAAGUUUAGAACGACGUGCAAUAAACCAAGAUUUGAGUUUUAGCAUUGAACGGUUGCCCUAUGGGCACUAUGCAGUCGGUGAAUAUAUUACAGAACAGACAGUUAAUAAUUAUCAGACAUUAAAAAAUGACAUAUACUAUGAAAUGUGUGUUGCAAUGUCAACAAAAACAUGGCCACUAAUGAGCGAACUAGACGAUUUAAUUUUGCAAAUCUUUGAAAGCGGAGUUCAAAAAUAUGUGGAACUGGACGUUGUUCUAAAAAACACAAAUAACAAAAUUCAACUUGCUGUAGAAAGAUCGAGGCACAGAGAUGCUCCUGGUCCAACAAAAUUGACACCAUUGCAUUUAAGUGGAGCAUUUAUUUUGUUGGGAGUUGGUCUUAUUAUUUCGGCAAUAAUAUUUGUAGCUGAAAUUUUACAUAAGCGUAGAAACAAAAAUAGAAUCGUAAGUUUACCAUAA